AUGAAGAAUUUUGAACCAAUUGAAGGUGGAAUAUAUUCUUUUAAAGACUAUUCCAAACUGAAUAAACAAUAUGUUGAUGUUGAAUCUGUAGAUUUUAAGAGCUUUGGUAAAUAUCCCAAAUACCACUCAUUCUUUAAAAGAGGGUUCUUUAACACGAUACUCUUUAAGUGGUUAUCUCCUAUUAUUGAUAUGGCUGAGAAAGAUUUUCUAAUUAAUGACUCAGAUAUUAAUUUGGCGGAUGAUGAUGAUGAUAUUCAGACUGAAUAUCUAUACUUUAUAAGAAAUUGGAAUGAGGAAUUUUCCAAACCUCAAGCUAUAAAUUCAAUCCAGUUAUCAACUUUUAAAGUUAUCUUCAGAACUUUCUACCUUCGAAUUAUAACCAUCCUCUUAUUUAAACUGGUCUUUGAUAUUAUUCAAAUGUGCAGGCCUUGGCAAAUACAUGGUAUCCUUCACUGGAUUGGAGAUCCAGCUGGAACUAAAGCUUCUGGUAUCAUGAGAUUUAUGUCUGUUGUAAUUUGUGAAGUUGUCUGUGGAUCUAUCUUACAACAAUACUUCAGAAGAUCUUUCAGUCUUUCCGUUAUGCUAAAAGGUGUUAUGAAUUAUUCGCUCUCCAACAAACUUAUUAAACUACCCAAAAAUGUAGCCAUUGAAAACAGUGCCAAAUGUAUUUCAUUAUUUUCCUCAGAAUCCACAUAUUUAUUGGGAACUGGAAAUUCUCUCUUAGCAGUACCUUCAAUGAUUUUUCAGAAUCUAUUAUUAUUAUUUUCCCUAUAUCAAUUUAUUGGAGUCAGUGCUUUUAUUGGAUACAUAAUUAUUGUAUUAUCUUUAUUUGUUAAUGGAUUACUGAUCAAACUAACUCAAUCUGUAAGACUUAAAUAUAUCUCAUCAUUGGACAAAAGAAUCUCACUUUCAACAGAAUUAGUUAACUCAUUCAAACAAAUUAAAUGUUAUGCUUGGGAGAAAUACUACAUCAAAAAUAUUAAUGAGAUCAGAAACGAAGAAAUAAAACACCUAGCAAUAUGGAGAUUCCUUAAUCAGUUUGGAUUCGUCUUAGCUACAUUAUGUGUCUCUCUUUCUCCAGUCAUUUCAUUUGGUUCUUUCCUAUACUUAACUCGAACCUUCCCAGCAGACGUCAUUUUCACUUCACUACUCAUAUUUGAGUCUCUUCAGCUUACUCUUGUUCUUUUACCAACAGGAAUCUCUUCUUUACAAAAAAUAAUUAACUGCUAUACUAGACUCAGUGAAUUUCUUCUACUUAAAGAUAUUGAUUCAAGACAGUUAGAUUUGCCUAUAGAACAACAAGAUUAUGCUGUAAAAGUUAAUGAUGUAUAUUUCAGCUAUCCAUCUAAAGAAUAUAUACUCUCAUCUAUCAGUUUUAACGUUAAGAAGAGUCAAAAAGUUGGAAUAAUUGGUUAUGUUGGUUCUGGAAAAACUACUAUGUUAGAACUUAUCUUGCAGGAACUUACACCAAAAUUGGGUUCUGUUCAAUCUGUUGGUUCAGUUUUCUAUUGUCCCCAAUCAUCUUGGAUUACAAGUGCUAGCAUCAGAAGUAAUAUCAUUCUUGAUCUACCCUUUGACCAAGCUUGGUAUGAUACUGUAAUUACAGCCUGCUCAUUAGUCUAUGAUUUGAAGGCUAUGCCAAAUGGAGAUUUAACAGAAAUUGGUGAAAAUGGAAUCAAUCUCUCUGGAGGCCAAAAACAAAGAGUCUCUCUUGCCAGAGCCAUAUACCAGAACACUGAUAUACUCAUUUUGGAUGACGUGUUUUCUGCCUUAGAUAACGUCGUUGCUACAAGUAUAUUCCAAAAAUGUAUUAUUAACCUGCUGAAACACAAAACUGUCAUCCUAGCCACUAACAAAUUGGAUAUACUAUCUCAUCUUGACCAAGUAAUCUUCAUUAAUAAUAAAACUUUGUCUUACUCUGGACCUCCUGAUAAUUCAUUCUUUUCCCAUCCUGAUUUUCAGGAUCUUUUAAACAAUAUGUAUAAGGUACAAAAUCAAAUCAAUCAAAUUAUUGAUGAUGUUGUCACUAUUGAAGAGAUUCAUGAUAUUGGAGCUGUAACAGAUGAUCAACUUUCUGUAAAUUCUUCUGAUAUUCAAAAUCCAAGACAAGACUCAUCUUAUCCAACUAUCCGUAUCUCAGAAACCAUUACAAGUAUCCCAAAGAAUGAAAUUGAACCAGAAACAUCAACUCAAAAUAACUCCUCACCUUCACUCAUUCUUCCAUUGUCAAAUCAAAACACCAAAACAUCUCAAGUUUCUAGAAGAGGAAGUAGAGUUUCUCUUUCAGCCCUCAAAGAUAAAUAUAGAAGAGAAAGCCAAACUUUAAGAAACUCUAUAGAACUUACUGAAGAAGAUAAUAAUUAUUCUAUCAAAAAAACUGCAAAAAUGCUUGACCAAGCAAGUGUUAAAGUAAAAAGUGUUGAAUUCUCCAAAUAUAUUGAAUACAUCAAAAAGUUCAACCCCACAAUUCUUGCUCUAUCCAUCAUUGUUAUCUACUCCUGUACCUUAUCUAAUAUACUCUCAUCUGUAUGGAUUUCAAAUUGGUCUCGUGACUUUGAUAAGUAUGGAAUUCUUCAAGGACUUCUCAUAUUAACUGCUAUCAACAUUCUACAACCAAUACUUAAUCUCUUAUUCAGAAUUGCAAACAUAUACCUAACCACCAAUGCUUCCAAAAAAAUCUAUAAUGAGCUUUUUACAAAACUUUCAUAUUCAAAACUCUCCUUUUAUGAAUCCAUUCCAAUUGGAACUAUUCUAACCAGAAUUACCAGUGAUAUUGUUGUUAUUGACGAAAUGAUCCCCCAGAAUCUCAUAGAUUUUACUUACUGUUUAACCAGAGUUACUAUUUACAUUGGAUAUUUCAUAUAUUUAGAUUAUAGAUUCAUACUUAUUUUCUUGCCUGCAUCCUACUUCUUCAACAGAUUCAGAAUUAGAGCCAUGUCAGCCAACAGACAACUUAAACGUAUAUUCCACUCCAGAACAUCCCCUAUUCUUACAUCUAUUUCUUAUACUAUAGAUGGUUUGGCUAUUCUAAGAUGUUCCAAAUAUGGAUUUAAAAACUUUAUACAAAAUAUCCAAAAUCUUAUUGACUAUGAAUCUGCUCCUUGGAGAUGUUACUGCUUAAUACAAAGAUGGCUUGGAAUCCAUAUUGAUAUGCUUGGAGCUUUUAUUAUUUCUUCUCUUGGUAUUUUCUGUGUUUCAGCUAAAGGAUUCAUUUCUAUUGGAGCUAUUGCAAUUGCUUUUCAGUGUUCCCUUUCACUUACUCAGCUUGUCUUAUGGAUGAUUAGAAAUAUAUCAGAAACUGAAAAUAACUUCCUCUCUUAUGAUAGAACUUCUGAGUUAAUUAAUAUUAUUCCCCAAGAAACUAAUAUUGAAAAAGGAACAGUAUAUCAAGAUGAAGAUGAUUAUGAUAACUCUUAUACAGCCCAAGAAACUAAUGGAAAUGUAGAAAAUACAGAUUCUCUGCUUAUUAAUAUUGAUAGUCCCAAUAGACCAAUCCCUUCUAACUGGCCAAGUAAUGGAAGUAUUGUUUUUAAUAAUGUUGUACUCAGAUAUAAUCCAGAUGAACCAGCAAUUUUAAAUAACCUUAGUUUUUCUGUUCAAGGAGGAAAGAAAGUUGGUAUAUGUGGAAGAACUGGUUCUGGUAAAUCUACACUUUUAUCUGCAAUUCUUAGGCUAUAUAAUAUUCAACAAGGAAAUAUUAUUAUUGAUGAUAUUGAUAUUUCCCAAAUUAGUCUUAAAAAACUUAGAUCACAAAUUACCAUCAUCCCCCAAGAACCUAAUAUUCUUACUGGGACUCUCAGAUAUAACUUAGAUCCAUUUAAUGAAUAUUCAUUAGAAGAAAUUAAUCAAGCUUUAAUUAAUUCCAAUUCAGAAUCUUUUGUUAACUCACUUCCAGAUGGAAUUAAUACCCAAAUGACAAAUGCUUCUAAUAAUAUUUCUUUAGGACAAAAACAACUUAUCUGCCUUGCAAGAGCUCUCCUUAGAAAAAGUAAAAUCAUCCUUCUUGAUGAAGCCACAUCUUCAAUGGAUAUAGCUACCGAUAAUGUAAUCCAAAAUAUUAUCAAGAAACACUUCUCAAAUUGUACAAUACUUUCAAUUGCUCACAGAAUCCACACUAUUAUUGAUUAUGAUCUUAUCAUUGUUUUGGAUAAAGGAAGAAUUGUUGAGUACGAUUCUCCUCAAAAUCUUUUAUCCAAUACUUCAUCCAUGUUUUACUCCAUUGCUAAUGAAACCAAUACCUUAUAG